AAUAAUAUGAAGAUUCAAAAAAAGGAUUCUUCUUAUUUAAGUGAUGAAGAAAAUAAAAAUGCUAUUAAAAAAUAUUUUAAUCUUAAAGAUCCAAAAUUCCUUAGAUUAACAGCUAGUAUACAUUGUUUUAAAUUUGAAGAUAAGAUGUUACAAUAUUUAUCACAUGUGUUAAGUGAUGCAGCUAUUAGAAGAGUACCUGAUAAUGAAAUUAAUCUUAGUAGUGCAUUUAGAUAUAUAAAAUAUAUAAUGCAAUUGAAAUAUCAUUAUAAGCCUGAUGAUCAUAAAGUAGAUGUUAAAGUUGUUUGUAAAUUUUAUGGUGCAUAUAAUAUAUAUCAUGAAAAGGAAAGUGAUUAUAUUGGUAUUAUUGUAACUAAUAGAUAUUUUACUGAAGAUGCUAAUAAACUAGAUAAUAGAAAUUUUUUAAAAUUUUAA